AUGAACGCGACGGCUUCGUCCCAGUUCCAAACCCGAGCACCCACAAUCAAAUCAGGAAACACCGUUUUAUUGCGGCUGCCAAAUGGCGACACCAAGGCAUUGAAAAUUGACCAAAAUGCGACCGUUUCUCUUGGUCGAGUCGGCGUCUUCUAUGCCAACGACCUUAUUGGGGAACCGUUUGGAAGAACAUAUGACAUUGUCGACAAGAAACUCAAACUGUUACCCCCACGCACCUUAGCCGAUAUCGAGGAUACCGACGCGACCAACGAACUCAUAAACGACGGUGAAUUUGUGCAGCCGUUGACGGGGGAUGAGAUUCAAGCCUUGAAGCAAUCAGGGACCCAUGCCUCGGACAUUAUCAAGAUGCAGAUUGAACAACACGCGAACUACUCGCUGAAAACGGAGUACAGCAAAGAAAAAUACAAAAAGCGUAAAGAGGCCAAGUACUCGAAAACCUUUACGACCGUUGAGCCUACGCUCUUCAACGUUUGCGAAUACUGGUUCAACAAGGACCCCGAUCGAGUGCGCGACAUCCGUAUCGACGCCCUCUCUCAAAUCCUCAACAUGGCCAACAUUCGGCCUGGCGGGAGGUAUAUUGCCGUCGAUGACGCGUCCGGUCUAAUUGUGUCUGGUAUUUUGGAUCGAAUGGGAGGCUCUGGUCGUCUUAUUACCAUCGGCAACGCAGACUCACCUCCGGCAUACCCUAUCAUGGUGACGAUGAACUUCAACGAGGAAACUGUGUCCCCGGUCCUCUCCUCUCUAAACUGGGCCACCGCAGACGAAUCACAUACACCCCUGGUACCGCCGGUUGACGUUCCAUCUGACCAAAUAAAGUCCGAUCGACAAAAAUCGCGUCUCAACAAGCGGAAAUUUGCGUUGGAUGCACUGAAUAAUACCAGAGAAGAACUCUUCGCUGGCAACUUCGACUCACUAAUAAUCGCGAGCGAGUAUGAGCCCUAUUCUAUCUUGGAACGACUCAUACCAUACGUCUCCUUUUCUGGAUCCAUCGUGAUAUCAAGUCCUUACGCUCAAAUCCUAGCAGAUGUACAGACUAAGCUGCGGGCAUUACCCCAGUAUCUUGGCCCUUCCGUGACAGAAGUGUGGUUACGGCGAUACCAAGUCCUGCCUGGAAGAACUCAUCCAACCAUGACCACAUCUGGUGGUGGUGGAUUCAUCCUCCAUGCCAUUAAAGUAAAUGACGAUGCGUCUGCGAACGCCAUGACAAAUUUCAGACGACCCAAGGCAAAUGGUGGAGCGACGAAGCAAAUUGUCGUCGCAGAGGAUGAGACGAUGGAGGACGCAGAGAGCAACACUAGUUGA